AGAAGCCCCAGAAACACCGUGCGCAGCAGGCGUGCACACCAAGAAGCCAGCGAACCAACCAGCCGAGCCCCCUCGAGUAAAUCCUUUGUCCACUCCCCUCCCCUCCCCACUCGCCGGCGCUGCGCUUCCCUCCCGCGAUGGCCGCCGCAGCCGCGACGAAGGUCCCCGCGACGAUGCGGGCCGUGCAGUACGACGCCUGCGGCGGGGGCGCCGAGGGGCUCAAGCAUGUGGAAGUUCCCGUCCCUUCGGCGAAGAAGAAUGAGCUCCUGUUGAAGCUGGAAGCAGCUAGCAUUAAUCCGGUGGAUUGGAAGAUACAGAAAGGGAUGUUACGGCCUUUCCUGCCUCGCAAACUGCCCUUUAUCCCAGUGACUGAUGUGGCAGGAGUUGUGGUUGAUGUUGGUCCAGGAGUCAAUGGGUUCCAAGCUGGAGAUGAAGUUGUUGCCAUGCUGAACUCAUUUUAUGGAGGUGGACUCGCUGAGUAUGCUGUGGCAUCUGAAAGUCUGACCGUCAAGAGGCCUCCUGAGGUAUCUGCUGCUGAAGGUGCAGGGCUGCCCAUCGCAGCCGGCACUGCGCUCCAGGCUUUGAGGUCCAUUGGCGCCAAGUUCGACGGUACUGGCCAGCCCUUAAACGUUCUGAUCACUGCAGCAUCCGGUGGCGUUGGGUUCUACGCCGUGCAGCUCGCGAAGCUGGCAGGUCUCCACGUCACUGCCACCUGUGGAGCCCGCAAUGUGGAGCUGGUGAAGAGCCUGGGUGCGAAUGAGGUGCUUGACUACAGGACCCCAGAGGGUGCCAGCCUGCAGAGCCCAUCAGGAAAGAAGUACGACGGCGUCGUCCACUGCACGGUCGGGAUCAGCUGGUCGACGUUUGAACCUGUGCUGGCCCCUACCGGGAGGGUGAUUGACAUCACCCCGAACUUCGCCGCCAUCCUUAAAUCAGGGUUGCACAAGGUGACGUUCGCCAAGAAGCGGCUGGUGCCACUGCUCCUGUCGCCCAACAAGGCUGACCUGGAGUUCCUGGUCGGGCUGCUGAAGGACCACAAGAUGAAGACACUGAUCGACUCAAGGUUCCCAUUGAGCGAGGCAAGCAAGGCUUGGCAGAAGAGCAUCGAGGGCCAUGCAACGGGCAAGAUCAUCGUUGAGAUGGAAGGCUGAUCGGUGGCGCCGCCAUUAACAGCAGCAAGAAGUAUACUGUAGCAGGCAAUACUGGGUUGACAGGCUGGGUGUGGCUUCGUCGUACAGAAUAUUGGUUUGAGGAUAGAUGUUUAUAGCAUUGUGUUUGUUUUUUGUUUUCGAUUGUGAGGAUGUCAAGUUCUCGAGCAGGUCGGGGUUUGUGGUUAAUCAGUAAAGUCGCAUCGUAGUGUUUUGCAGAGCAUGUUUUGGUCUAUUAAGUACUCCCUCCAUCCCAAAUUACUUUUCAUUUUG